UGGAGCCGAACAACCUGAGCACUGGUGUUCUUUAUUCUAUGCCUUGAGGUUUCAAUUUUUUGAAUACAGGAUGGAGACUGAAAGUGAGAGUAGCACUUCAGGAGAUGACAGUGUCUUUUGGUUGGAUUCUGAAGUUGUAACACAGAUGACUGACAGUGAAGAGGGAGAACGGGGAGAAAAUUUCAGGAAGAUGAAGUCCUCAGUACAUUCUGAAGAGGAUGAUUUUGUUCCAGAACUACAUAGAAAUGUUCACCCUCGAGAGCGACCUGAUUGGGAAGAAACACUUAGUGCAAUGGCAAGAGGAGCAGAUGUUCCAGAGAUUCCUGGAGACCUUAGUCUUAAGACAUGUGGCAGUACAGCCAGUAUGAAGGUUAAACAUGUGAAAAAACCCACCAAUCCAGGAAUGAUGGGCUGUGACAACAUUCACAGGUUACCCUUCACUAAGGGUCACUUCCCGAAGAUGGCUGAAUGUGCACAUUUCCAUUAUGAGAACGUUGAAUUUGGCAGCAUACAGCUUUCACUUUCAGAAGAACAGAAUGAAGUAACAAAAAAUGGCUGUGAAUCUAAAGAGCUGGUCUACCUCGUGCACAUUGCUUGUCAGGGCAAAAGCUGGAUUGUUAAAAGAAGUUAUGAAGAUUUUCGAGUACUUGAUAAACAUCUUCAUCUAUGUAUUUAUGACCGACGAUUCUCUCAGCUCUCAGAGCUUCCCCGUUCUGAUUUCCUGAAGGACAGUCCAGAGUCCGUCACGCAGAUGCUUAUAGCUUACCUGUCCCGCCUCUCAACUAUUGCUGGCAACAAGAUCAACUGUGGACCUGCCCUUACUUGGAUGGAGAUUGAUAAUAGGGGGAAUCACCUUCUAGUUCACGAGGAAUCAUCCAUUAAUACUCCUGCUGUCGGAGCUGCCCACGUUAUAAAGAGGUACACUGCUCGGGCCCCUGAUGAACUGACCUUAGAGGUGGGAGACAUUGUUUCUGUUAUUGACAUGCCCCCAAAAGUGUUAAGCACAUGGUGGAGAGGCAAGCAUGGAUUUCAGGUAGGACUCUUCCCUGGACACUGUGUUGAGUUAAUCAAUCAAAAAGUUCCCCAGUCAGUGACCAACUCAGUGCCAAAACCAGUGUCUAAAAAACACGGCAAGCUCAUUACUUUCUUACGCACAUUCAUGAAGUCUCGUCCAACAAAACAGAAGCUGAAGCAGCGGGGGAUUUUGAAAGAGAGGGUGUUUGGUUGUGACCUGGGGGAGCACCUUCUGAAUUCUGGUUUUGAAGUACCCCAGGUUCUUCAGAGUUGUACAGCAUUCAUUGAGAGAUAUGGCAUUGUGGAUGGGAUAUAUCGUCUCUCUGGCGUUGCCUCCAAUAUCCAGAGACUGCGCCAUGAAUUUGACUCUGAACAUGUCCCUGACCUGACAAAAGAACCAUAUGUUCAAGACAUCCAUUCUGUGGGUUCCCUCUGCAAGCUGUAUUUCCGAGAGCUCCCAAACCCUCUGCUCACCUACCAGCUGUAUGAGAAAUUUUCUGAUGCUGUUUCAGCAGCAACAGAUGAAGAAAGGCUGAUAAAAAUUCAUGAUGUCAUCCAGCAGCUGCCCCCUCCACACUACAGAACACUGGAGUUCCUAAUGAGACACUUGUCUCUUCUAGCCGACUACUGCUCCAUCACAAACAUGCAUGCAAAAAACCUAGCAAUCGUUUGGGCUCCAAACCUACUGAGAUCAAAACAAAUAGAAUCUGCCUGCUUCAGUGGGACUGCAGCCUUCAUGGAAGUGAGAAUUCAGUCUGUGGUGGUUGAAUUCAUCCUCAAUCAUGUAGAUGUCCUCUUCAGUGGGAGAAUCAGUGCGGUUAUUCAGGAGGCGGCAGCUUCUCUAUCACGACCCAAGUCCCUGCUGGUUUCCUCUCCAUCUACAAAGCUGCUGACGCUGGAGGAAGCCCAGGCACGGACACAAGCUCAGGCCACUUCUCCACUCAUGACUGAAAACAAAUAUAUUGAAGUAGGAGAAGGACCUGCUGCACUUCAGGGAAAAUUUCAUACCAUAAUCGAGUUCCCACUUGAAAGGAGGAGGCCUCAAAAUAAAAUGAAAAAAUCUCCUGUGGGCAGCUGGCGUUCCUUCUUCAAUUUGGGGAAAUCAUCUUCUGUUUCUAAACGGAAGUUGCAGCGUAACGAGAGUGAGCCUUCAGAGAUGAAAGCCAUGGCUCUGAAAGGUGGCAGGGCAGAAGGAACCCUCCGUUCUGCUAAAAGUGAAGAGUCUCUUACUUCCCUCCAUGCAGUUGAUGGUGAUUCCAAGCUGUUCCGACCCAGAAGACCCAGAUCUAGCAGUGAUGCACUGAGUGCUUCUUUUAAUGGAGAGAUGCUGGGGAACCGCUGUAAUUCCUAUGAUAAUCUGCCCCAUGGCAAUGAGAGUGAGGAGGAAGUAGGGCUGCUCCAUAUUCCAGCUCUUAUGUCUCCUCAUUCAGCUGAGGAUGUUGAUUUGAGUCCACCAGACAUUGGAGUAGCCAGCCUGGAUUUUGAUCCAAUGUCAUUUCAGUGCAGCCCUCCUAAGGCUGAGUCAGAAUGUCUAGAGAGUGGUGCUUCCUUUUUAGAUUCAUUAGGAUACUCCAAGGAUAAACCAAGUGCCAAUAAAAAGGAUACAGAUGCAGGUGGUAGCCAGUCUCAGACUCCAGGAAGCACUGCAAGUUCUGAACCUGUCUCUCCUCUUCAGGAGAAACUGAGUCCAUUCUUUACCCUGGACUUGAGCCCAACUGAAGAGAAAUCAUCUAAGCCAUCCUCAUUCACUGAAAAGGUCGUCUAUGCUUUCUCUCCAAAGAUUGGACGGAAAUUAAGCAAAUCACCUUCCAUGAACAUAUCUGAGCCAAUUUCAGUGACCCUUCCCAUUCGGGUAUCAGAAGUCAUUGGUACAGUUUCAAAUACAGCAGCUCAGAAUCUACCUUCUCCAGCCUGGAACAAAAGUGUCGAGGAAAGUGAUGUCAUAAAUAGAUCCCCCACCCAGGUAGUAAAGAUGAAAACAAAUGAGAGAGAGGCCCAACAAGGAUGUGAGUCUGAAGUCCAGCCCCUGGACCAGGUAGCUGCUGCAGAAGUAGAAUCACCAGGGAAAGAGGAGCAGUCCGUCUCAAGCAGUGAGAGUAAGGCUGUACCUUCUGGACAGACUCAGACAGGAGCAGUUACCCAUGACCCCCCUCAGGAUUCCGUUCCUGUCAGUUCAGUCUCUCUUAUCCCACCACCUCCGCCUCCGAAAAAUGUUGCCCGCCUUUUGGCGCUAGCAUUAGCUGAGUCUGCACAGCAAGCCUCCACUCAGUCAUUGAAGAGACCAGGGACUGCCCAGGCUGCUCACUCAGAUUAUGGAGAUGUAGCAGUGGCUGCAACUGAAGAUAAACUGCCUAGUUCCUACAUUAGUAGUACUCUAGAUAAAGCCUAUUUCCAAACUGAUAGGCCAGCAGAGCAGUUCUACCCCCAGAACAGUAUGUCUGGGAACUGUGACCAGCCCAUUCUAGAAACAGCAGCUACUGGGAGCCAUAUUCAUUCCAAUGCAGCUGAAUCUGGGGAAGAGCUCCACCAGGCAGACUUACCAGGAAAUCAGCCACACCGAACCUAUUUAUCUGGGGACCCAGAAAGGGCCAGAAUCACUUCCGUUUUUUUAACUGACUCAAAGUCUGGCGAUCACAUAAGUUUCCCUGCCGACCAGCCUGGGAAGACCAGUGCGCCAGCUGUCUCCUUUGUGGAUCAGGACCAGUCUCAACUUCAUCUCCACAGUGAUGAUCAGCCUCCUUCUUAUCUCGGGGCAAGUGUGGACAAGCCCCGUCACCCUUCAGAACUUGCAGACAAAUUCCCCACACCUUCUAGUUUGUUGAGGGACAAAAUCUACCCUCCUUCUGGGUCCCCUGAAGAGAAUACCAGCACAGCCACCAUGACUUACAUGACAACUGCUCCAGUAACAGCUGAAAUUAGCACCAGGGAAGCCAGCUGGGAUGUGCUUGAACAACCCACCCCUGCUGAUUUUGCCGCCUCCACCCUUCAGCGCACGCACAGAACUAAUCGUCCCCUCCCCCCACCUCCUGCCCAGAGAUCAGCAGACCAGCUGCCUGCCAUGGGGCAGGUACAAGCAGCAGCCAGUGUAGGACUAAGUAAUUCCCACAAGGUUCAAGGAGUAGUUCCAGCUCCAGAGAGGCCACCUGAGCCCAGAGCCAUGGAUGACCCUUUGCCUGUCCUUGUCAGUGAUGGCAGUGGAGCUGCUCAGUGUCCCGCCUCUGCUCCUGCCCUCCAUCCAAGCUUUCCUGAAAAGAUGUGGGAGGGUGCCAGGGCUCCACCACUGCCCCUGCGUGCUGAGUCUGUCCCCGUGUACCCCUCCUGUGGCUUCACGGCACCAGUUCCCCCAACCAGGACCAUGGAGAGUAAACUUGCCACUGCCAUACAUGCUGGCAGCUCAGAGGUGGCCAGCACUUCGGGCUGUCGCCCCUUCCUCACCAUGUCCUCAGCCUCUGUGGAUGAAGUCUUGCCUUUACCACUUCCUGUUCCACAACCUAAGCAUGCUUCUCAGAAAACCACUUACUCUACCUUCGCUAGACCUGAUGUCACCGCUGAACCCUUUGGUCCAGAAAACUGUUUCCAUUUCAGUAUGACCCCAAACUGCCAGUACCGUCCCCAGAGUGUACCUCCACAUCACAAUAAAUUGGAGCAACACCAAGUGUAUGGUUCCCGAUCAGAGCCACCAGCCUCCGUGGGUCCUCGUUAUAACACAUACGUGGCCCCAGGAAGAAGUGUAUCCGGACACCACUCCCAGCCAUGCAGCCAGGUUGAGUAUGUAUCUUCUUUGAGCUCCUCUGUUAGGAGUAGUUGUUAUCCUGAAGAUAUUCCACCGUACCCUACCAUCCGGAGGGUUCAGUCUCUUCACGCCCCUCCGUCUUCCAUGAUUCGCUCUGUUCCCAUUUCACGGACGGAAGUUCCUCCAGAUGAUGAACCAUCCUACUGCCCAAGACCCCUGUACCAGUAUAAGCCCUAUCAGUCCUCGCAGGCCCGCUCAGAUUACCAUGUCACUCAGCUUCAGCCUUACUUUGAGAAUGGCCGGGUCCACUACCGGUACAGCCCGUAUUCCAGUUCCAGUUCCUAUUACAGCCCCGACGGGACCUUGUGCGAUGUGGAUGCCUAUAGCACAGUACAGCUGAGGCCCCUCCACCGCCCGCCCAGUCGCGAUGUUGCUUUCUACAAUCCUAGGCUGCAAGGGAAGAGCGUAUACAGCUACGCUGGUUUGCUUCCACGUCCCCGGGCCAAUAUGACUGGCUAUUUCUCUGGUAAUGACCAUAAUGGAGCCAACAUGCCUCCAGCCACUGAUGUAAAGCACACUUACACCUCAUGGGAUCUUGAGGACAUGGAAAAAUACCGCAUGCAGUCCAUCCGGAGAGAGAGCCGUGCUCGGCAGAAGGUGAAAGGGCCUGUUAUGUCACAGUAUGAUAAUAUGACCCCGGCUCUGCAAGAGGACUUGGGGGGGCUCUAUGUCAUCCACCUACGUAGUAAAUCAGAUCCUGGGAAAACUGGACUUCUUGCAGUGGCAGAGGGAAAGGAAGGGCGGCACCCAGCCAAGGCCAUCAGUCCUGAGGGAGAUGACCGCUUCUAUAGGAAGCAUCCAGAGCCAGAGCUGGAUAGAGCCCACCCUCGCGGAGGAUAUGGCAAUGGACAGUCAGACAAACCAUCUCUCCCCCAGAAGCAAAGUAGCCUCAGGAACAGGAAGCUUCAUGACAUGGGUUGUAGCUUCCCUGAGCACAGGGCACAUCAGGAAGCAAGCCAUAGGCAAUUGUGUGAGUCAAAGAAUGGGCCCCCUUACCCCCAGGGGGCUGGCCAGUUAGAUUAUGGGCCCAAAGGGAUUCCAGACCCUUCUGAGCAAGUAGGCCACCAUAACUCUGGAGGGAAGUACGUUACAUCAGGGCAGGAGUCUUUAAGACUGAACCACAAAGAGGUAAGGCUCUCCAAAGAGCUGGAGAGGCCUCGGGCUAGGCAACCUCCUGCCCAAGAGAAGCACUCCAGAGACUGCUACAAGGAGGAGGGGCACCUCACUCAGUCGGUAGGCCCACCCCCUAAACCAGAGAGGAGUCAUAGCCUGAAACUCCAUCACACUCAGAACCUGGACAGGGACCCCAGUGUGCUGUACCAAUACCAAACACACGGCAAGCGCCAGAGCAGCAUGACUAUGGUGCCCCAGUAUGAUAACCUGGAGGGUUACCACUCCCCACCCCAACACCAGCGGGGUGGCUUUGGAGGAGGAGCAAUGGGGACAUACGUGCCCUCUGGCUUUCCCCAUCCACAAAACAGGACAUAUGCCACAGCUCUGGGUCAGGGGGCCUUCCUGCCCACAGAGUUGUCCUUGCAGCAUCCUGAAACACAGAUCCACGCAGAAUGAGCCCUGGGAGCAAUAGAGAUGAAGCAGCCUCUGCUGGACAGUGGACUGUUCUAUUUUUUUUCAGUAACCAAAAACAUUUAAAAAAAAAAAGCUACAAAACUUCAACCACAUUAAAAAAAAUAAGAAAAACAAAUCACCAUCUCUUUCCCCUUCCCUGCUUAACUGCCACCUCUUCCAUCUAUAAACUGUCAUUUUUGUCACUAAAAGAGAUCUGAACGAUUGUGAAGCACUGUGUUGAAAACCUAGUAGAGAAAUUUAUCACAGACCGUACUUGCCACAUAGGGCUAAUUUGUAACAGCCUGAGGACUGCCUUUAACUGACUUUGAAUUUAGCUUUGUCCCUCUUGGUAUUUGUUGCACAGCUCAGAGCCAGUCUGUCCGUCUCCUGGUGGGCGUUUGCCUUUUCUGCCUUGUUCCUACUUAGCUUCCUAGGAGCCGUGCAGCUAAACCAGGUGGACACCCAGUUUUGCUCACUUCAUCCUCCCUGUCUUAGAAGGAUCUUGGGUGUUAAAAUAGAAUGGAGAAAAACUUUUCUGAUCCUUCAGAUAAGUCCAUCAGAAAAUUAGCAAAUAUUUUAACUAAACAUAAAGGAAUUAAGACUUUGAACAUGUAAUAAAUGGUCAUUAUAAAAUGUUAGAUCAUUAGACCCAGGCUGAACCAUGUUCUUUACAUUCUUUUUUUUUCAUAGUUGUUCUUCACACUUCAGUGAGGCAUAUAUCCCUGUAGAAGGGAUGUUUUAAAGUUGCAGUUAAAGAGAUUUCUUAUGUGGAAACCAGUAAACUUUGUUAGCACCAGAAAAUGAUAUCAGUACUUCUAAUGUGUUGCCUGCCUUCAGGUAUUUUUUUCAGUAAUAUCUGCUAAGUUAUAAUUCUAGUAAAACAUCUCACUUAAUUUGUUUUCCUAAAGCAACUUUUCAUUGAAAAGAAAAAAACAGAAUAGUUUGACUAGAUAAACACAUACAAGUUGUCACAGUUAUAAAUUCACAUGCUAAUUUGUUUCUAAACCAGUGUAGAAGUUUCCUUGAAAUUCAACUUAAAGUAUGUGAAUUAUCUGCUAGUAAACUGCAAGCCCUUGCAGUAACCACUUAGUGCACAGCCUGUUUUACCAGUUGGAAUUCUUGGCAAUUACCAUUUAUGCCCUAAGGAGUUAAUGUACUGUUCGUUCACUCUGUACUUGCGCGAUCACAGUCUUACUGUAAUUGCCAUUUACACCAGCAUUUCAGGUAUAGUUCCUGUAACUCUGUAGACAUGUUAAACAUGUUUAAUACCCAGGACUUUCUUUUGAAAGUUGCAUUCCUGAUUAAAGUAGGAGCACACACCUGUCUAGCUCAACUCCAUUCCAUUUUCCCAUCCCACCCCACCAUUUACACCAGACUAGCAAGGCAGUCCUGUAUUCACAAAACAAGUUUAGAUUGUCAUUUCAUUCCAUAACUCUUAAUAAUACUUGAGUUUUAUACAUUCACGUUUUAAAUGCUCAGUGUAUAGAAGACAACAGAAUUGCAUUCCAUUUACUGGAUGAUUGUUGCUCUGGCUUUUUAAAAUUUGGAAUUAACUUUUAUUUAGAGCAAUGAAAGAAAUCUUCUAAGAGGCUAAAUUCAUGCUGCUAUUAUUGCUGUGAAAAUGUGUAAAGAUUAGGAUUCUUCAUGCCAGCUUUUUUAUUUCAAAAAAGUUGUGUGAUUUCAUUUUAAGGGUUUAUAUUUAGAAAAAGAAAUAAAGUUUUAAGAAUAACACAUUUAUUUAUAUGUGGAAAUACUCUAAGGUUUUCUUUUGUUCCCCCAGAACUGAUCAGAGGAAUUAAAUAAAGAUCUUGCUGAAAAUCCUGAAAUAUUAAUAUGUGAAAAGGUCUGUGGAAAUUUAAGCCUCUAUGUUAAAAGUGCAGACCCAACUGGUACAUAGUGACAAUAUUAGGAACCCUGAUAGGAAUUUCCAUUUAGCACACAGGCGCAUUGGGUGCUAUAUACAGGAGUUGAUCUUUGGUGAAUAUGCAACACUUAAAUUUUUUUUUUUUUAACCAUAACCAUCCUUUUGUCAAGUAGGCAACACAUUGCCCCUUUGAGAUCACAUAAGCCCUGUAAGUCCUCACCAGCACCAUGGAAACUACAAAGAGGGGCUGGUGUGACCAGGAGAUACAAAUUGCUUUAGUAACUGAGGGCCCAAAAGGAAGUGGCUGAAAAAGUCCUGUAAAGUCCUGUCCAGUUUGAUAGUUGUGGGUUUAUUGUCACGCACAUUGUUUACUCCAGAAACCAAUGUCUGUUUUUUAAAUACUAAGGUUAAUUCCUCAAAGCAAUUACUUUAGUAAUGUCCUAUUGGCUUAGAAAUAUCAGGUCAAUAUUUUGAAUGCAGAAUGAUGAUUCAAAUUAUGACUGGUAUAAUUGUGAAACACAACCUUUAGGUAACGUCUAGAGUUCUUUUGCUUAGUGUACGUAGAUACAGCCUUAACUUUGGAUUCAGUAUUUGAAGGACUUUUCCUGUAUCUUUCCCUUUCUGAUAUCAUAGGGUAGACAAUGGAUGGCAGGUCACUGUGAGCCAGGUUACCUCAGCAUAGUUCACUUGUGUGUGACUUCACAAAUAGAGUGAUUAAGUAUUAUUGCUUUCAAAUUUUGAGGUGGAGCAUUGUGGUCAAGGAAAUGGAGCUGCCUUAUGCAUUAAACCCAUAAUUUAAUUCUAUUGGCAUUUUCAUUGCCAUGUCUCCAAAUUUUUUGGCAAAAUUCUGAUGCCACAGUUUGGUUUGAUUGAAAUUAAUAUUCCCUGGAUGUCUGGCCAGAAACUUUGUUAACAGCCCCAGAGGUGCCAUGUUCUUAUCAAUAAAUUUCAUCUGAGCCUUAUUGCUUACUGUAUUCAGUUUCCUUUUAAACAUGCAAGUUCCUGGGAUGAUCCCAAGGAUAGGGCCUGUACAUUUUUAUAAUGGAAAAGGAUUUUUUUUAAAGUUAGGGUCAGGUUGAAAAAUUCUAGGACUAGCUCUGUAAAAAAGAAGAGGGACCGUUAAUGUGAGUAGGGCUAUGAAUAGGUUACCACAUCUGAAAUAGCAAUAGAUGCAUAUGAUGUAAAUUUGAAAUUUGCCCCUUUCAUUGGAAAAGGAGUCUGCAAAGUCCAUGUACCUGUUCCCAGCCCUGUCGAUCAUCUAUUCAAUAUUUGGCAAAGUAUUGUCUGAGCAGUGUGUAUAGGGAAAUACAAAUGAAAGCAGACAGUAUGUCGGAAAAUGACUAACAAGUGGCUAGAGGCAUGUGAUUUUUCAGUACUGUGUGUGACAGAAACAUCAGGAGUAGUAUAUUAACUGUGCGAGAUAAUGUCGGUGUGCACAAAGGGUCUUUUUUACUUUUCCGAUUAGUACUAUUAGUGUUCAGAGAAUAAAAAUGGUUGUUUUACAGUUUAGAUUCUAAGGUAGCAAAACCUGAUUUUUCAACCAUGACCUGCAUGAGAGAAGCAUCCUAGGAAGUCUUAGAACAUACUUUUGAGUUCUUAACUUUAAUUUAUAUAGUGUUUUUUAUGUUUUAAUAUUUUUGUGAACUGGUGUAAAUUGUUAAUGCAUAUAAGCUUGUGUAUUUUUGUAAAUAGUUUUGUGAUUUAUUUCUCAACCCAUAUGUAAAUAUUUAGAGUCUCAUUUCUUCAAAACUUAUUUGAAGCUGAGUUGUGGGUUUGGGGUUUUGUUUGUUUGUUUUGAUUGGGGAUGGGGGGAGAGAAGGGAUUUUUGUACUGAUAAUCCAGAUGGAGAUAUCUUGUGGUUUAAAGCAAAUGUCCCACGGAAAGCAAUUCAAUAUCAACAAAAUUAUUUCAGGUUAAAACAGACUUCUUUGUGUAUGUGUUUCCUUUUUUAACCUAAUAUGAAUUAUAACAAAAUAGGUGGGGUAAUUGGAGGUAUUCAGACCAAAAGAUGAGUAGUUGUGUGACAGUAUUAUACCAGGAGGUAUAGUUAUUUGAAGGAAGGGGUUUGGUGUCUCCUGUUUGCCACAGGAUGCUGCCUGACCGGCUUUUCCCCAGGUCAAACAGUAUCUUUGGCUUACAGACAGUUUGGACCUCACAAAACAUUUCGCCUACAGAUGGUUAGGACUGCAGAGCCCUCUUCAUCUGUCCUGGAAAGCCUGGGCAGACUUGCUACCCUUGGGCCGCGGUAAGGGCUCUGUGCGCUAUGCUGUAGCCUGAUCCAAGCUUGCAGUUCCCAGGAAAGUGAAUUGGCUGCUUAUCUCAGGGUUCUCCAGAAGGGGAUUCUGGAUAAAAACCGUAUUUCUAAAGAUUCACACAAAGCACCUUGGACAUCGUGUUUACUCUUCAGAGUGAAAUGACCAAAAAGAAUCAUCUACCUGUGGCAAGCUGGCUUAUGGCAAACCGGCUUAUGGCAAACCAGAGAAAGUGGAUCAGUGGGACAAGUACUGCUAGGGCCCAGCUGCCUGAUGGGGGCUCCAGAGCACAUUCCUGUGCCAGAGUUCUCAGAAGAAAUAUUUCAGUAUCAACCAGGAUUUUUUGAGGAAAAAAAACCUUCAAUGUUCAGCUAUUAAAAUCCUAGUUUUCCUGUUGGGAGUCAUAAA